AUGGCUGUAGCAUCAGCUAAGGGAGAAAAGAUUUAUGUUACUUCUUUUAGUGCAGUUGGUUCUUCGAUUCUGUCCAUUCUUAAUACUCCAAGUAGAGCUUCGCUGAUCAUAUUAAAUUUCAACGGCUCAGAGGAGAAAAAAGUCGUUGAGAUUGGAAUAAGCUAUCAAUUCAUUGCAUGUUAG